ACGGCCAUGACAUUGGAGCCUAACUUCUAUUUCAUGACGAAUUGUUAUCCUCGGCAAAAUGGUUCCCAGAAUGCGGACAGUAAUAAGUAUGGCGGUCUCUGCUGACAAAAACGUAUCAGUCAGUUGAGGCGGCGUUGCUGACCAUUGAGAGUGACCGCAGGGUUGUGGUGUCUGGCUGCUCGUCACAUGCCAUGGAAGUGCUGGAGGCCGCGCUGGAUGAAGUGGCCCUGGAAGGCCUGGACGGAAUCACUAUCCCUGCUCUGUGGCUGCGGGCUUCAGGCUCGGGUUCCUUCUUUCCCCCUGUGCUUGAUGCAGCCACUAAGCAGCUUAUAUGGCAGUCCCUUGUGUGUCACCCUGAGCUGCAGUUCUACCAGCUCCCCAAGGAGAGGCGUCCUUUAGUGCUCAGUAACAGGUACGAUGGGGAAGAUCUUGAUACAGAUGCCACGAAAGUUAAAGCAAGAUCAUGUGAAGACCUCUAUCCAUUCCACCUCAUUGCUGAGGAUAAAGGUGGUAUAAAGGGCUCCUGCCAGUAUUUUCAUCAGCGUAUUUUAGUGACUGAGCUCCUACAAGCGGAGGGUAUCACAUGUGAAGGCGCCAUCGACAGAUGGGGGGAAAAGCUUGUGAUUGUUGGCUCUCAGACUUUGCGAUAUCGCGCUUUGAUUGGAUGGGAAGUCGAUCCUUCGUUAGAGCUCCCCGACUAUCCCUACUGUAUUCUGGAGAAGAUCGGAAGAUCUCGAUGGCAAGGAGAAAUUCAGAAGGACCUGCAGGGCACUCUCAAAGUGGAUGCUGGGAAGGUCCAUUACCUUCGCCGCAUGCUGGAUAAGAAUGGCCUAAUCACAAUGCAGACCUACGUCAUAAGGCUUCCAAAUGGAACUCAGCAACAUUCACUGCUUUUGUUGUUAAAGCGUUUCCAUGUGGACAGGAGAAACAAGUAUGACUUGUUCUCAGAACGAGCUUCUCAAAUGUUAAGUGAACGUCCAGAUCAAACAGAAACUUUGGUGAACAUUAGAGAAGAACUGGGUGUGCCUGAACGAUUUUUUAAGAGGCUUUAUCAUUAUAUGGUUAAUGCUGGAAUUGUCAAAAUAGUUUCUGUGCCAUUACAUGAGAUUCAACCACAUGCAGAACAGUGCAAAACUAAGAAAGGUGCUUAUAUAAUGGUUCGAUGUAUGAAGCUUGUCAAAGAGUAUAAGAAAAAAGAAGAUGACGAUGAAGAUAUAGAUGAGGAAGAUAUAAAAAUGUCUCUUCCAGUAGAUAUUAUUUAUGAGAAGGAUAUGUUAACCCAAACCUAUGAACUCAUUGAAAACCGAGGCACAAAAGGAAUUUCUCAAAGAGAGAUCAAAGUAGCCAUGAAUGUGGGAAAGCUGGAAGCCAGAAUGCUGUGCCGCUUAUUGGAGAGAUACAUGCUUAUUAAGGGUUUCAUGGAAGAUGUAGGACGUCAAAGGACAACAAAAUUUAUCUCUCAUGUAUUUGUGGAGGAAAGCGAGUUACGCAGACAGUUUCUGGAGGAAAAAGCUAAAAGUGAGAAAUUGUCCAUGCUUAACCUGCCACCUGCUCCAAGUAUUGGAGAUGACAAAAGAGCAUCUCCUGAAAGCAAAGCCUCAGAGGAACCUCAGACCUCAGAGGAUGACCAGGAAGAAUUGAAAAGCAACAAACGGCCUAGAACAUCAGAAAUCUGUUCACUUCCGAGUGAUGCUGCCACCACAAGCACUCCUCUGCCAACCUCGAAAAGUCUGUCCAGAAUUCAUAUGAGACGCACUUCUUCCCUGGAUUUAGACAAAAUACCUUUGUCUGAAAAUGAUUGCAGUAUGGACAGUUUCCAGUUAGAGUCCAAUGUGUCUGCCUUCUCACAACAGUCUGCUGAUGAGGAUGAUGAUGAGGUCUCUGUGAUUGAAGAGGUCUUGGAUAAGGAGGAAAGAAAAGGUAAAAAAUCCGGUAAGCCUGGAAUGUUGGAGAGAUCCCGUGAAACCUAUCGUCUCUUGAAGAGAAGAAACAUAAUAGUGGAAGCCGUGAAGAAUCUGCGAUUAGUGGAGAACUUGUUCACUCUUCAGAAAAUGAUCCUGGAGCAGGAGAAACAGGAAGGAGUUCCUACAAGAUGUUGCAAAAAAUCAAUCCGGAGAUUGGUCCUGAGGCUAUCUCAAGAAGGACUUUUGAGACUUUACCAUACCGUGGUAGUCCAAGAUGGAAUCAGCAAGAAGGUGGAGUUUGUUGUGCAUCCAUCAAUUAAUCCUAAUGAUCCUUUGGUGAAGAGUGCCAUUGAACAAAUUCGUUUUCGCAUAUCAAAUUCUACUUCAGGGAAUCGGACACGCUCCCCACUCGGACAGUCGGCACCUGACAGAGCAGACCCAGAUGAUCAGUCUAAAGAGAAGCCAAAGGGAAAACUGCAGAGUGCGUCGCUGAGCGAUGCUUCCGACCAUCCACUGAAAGAGACUGACCCUAUGGUGCUGACGCAGUUGAAGAAUUACCAUCCUGUCACAGUUCCAGGACUUGGACGUACACUUGGGUAUCUUCCUAAAAUGCCACGCUUAAAAAUAACGCACAUAUUUUUGUGGUAUAUUGUGUAUGGCCAUCCAUCCCGCAAAACACAACAGCAGCCCAGAGUAAUGGAUAAUACAAUAACUGAGCACACUGCUGAAUGUGAGAAUACAGUGCUACCAGACAGCCACCCUACUGACAGCCCUCCUCCUACACAGAGCACAGACGUGGACCCUAAAACAGGCAGUACAGCUGAUGAUACAGUACAGUAUGUAUCCGACCAAGGACCAGAGCAGUGCACAGAAACGGUCUACGUAGAUGAAGAGUCGUGGAUGAGGUAUGUGCCACCUGCUAAAGUACACUCUGAGUAUGGACCAGGCUGGGUUCUUGUCAGUGAUAUCCUUCUCUGUUUACCACUCUCCAUUUUCAUUCAAAUAGUUCAAGUCAGUUACAAGGUUGACAACCUUGAGGACUAUUUAAAUGACCCAAUGAAAAAGCACACACUCAUCAGAUACCUGCCCAGAUCAAUACGACAACAGCUGCUGUAUAAAAGGAGAUAUGUCUUCUCAGUGUUUCAAGGGCUACAGAAAUUAAAUUGCAUGGGUUUACUACAAUUUCCUCCAUCUGAAAAAUUUCAAGACAAAGAUCAGGUGUUUGUGUAUGUGAAGAGAAAUGCAACCAUUGUUGACACCACAACUUGUGACCCUCACUACAAUAUAGCACAAGCAAAUCAUCCUUUUGACAAGCGCUCCUAUAAUUUACAAAGUUUUCAAGAUGUGGAGAAUUUUUGGUUUGAUUUGCAGUUUGUAUGUCUAAAUACACCUUUAGGUAUUGUGCGUUAUCCUCGUGGAAAGAAAGCAAAUCCCCAAGACGAAAGCGUUCUGGGACAAGAGAUAGAGGCAGAGCAGGAAGACAGGCAGACCCUGGAGCGGAAAUAUAACUUUCUGGAGAACAGCAUACCGGGCAGUAGGGAAGUAGUGGAUGAUGGAGCAAUUCCUGGAGAUGGGUUAGGAGCUGGAGGCCUUGACUCAAGUUUUUACAGCCAUCUAAAGCGAAACUGGAUUUGGAUCAGCUAUAUUAUAAACAUUAGGAAGGAUACAACUCCACAGGACGGCCUUACUUUGAGACUUCAGACGUUCCUGAACAAACAUAAUCUACCUCUAGGCUCAAGAGGCGAGCAAAAUAAAUUCUUUGGCGAUGUAUCUAUGUCAGAAACUGGAGAACUUGUUCAGAUGGUAAAGGAAGCCACAGCGAACCGUAACAAGCGAGUUCAAGGAGGCAGAUCCCAGAAGAGAAAGAGACAAAAGAAAGAAAUUGAGAAAAAGCCGAAAUCAAAGAAGGCAAAGAAAGAAACUAAUGAAGAGAAGAUAAAGAGAAACCGAUACCACGAUGAGGCUGAUCAGAGUGCGCUGCAAAGAAUGACCCGUCUGCGAGUGGCCUGGACGUCACAAGAAGAUGGAUUAGUAAUGCUUUGUCGAAUAGCCAGUAACAUCCUAAACAGAAAGGUGAAAAGACCAUUUGUUCCCUGGCAAGUUGUUCGAGACAUCAUGCAUGCCAGCAUGGACGAGUCACUCGACAAAACUUCACACUCCAUUGGUAGAAGAGCUCGAUACAUAGUCAAAAACGCACAGACCUAUCUAAACUAUAAAGUGUGCUUGGCAGAAGUCUACCAGGAUAAAGGACUUUGUGAAGAAUUUUUGAACAGGAAAGGAAAUUACGAUGAUGCUAAGGUUUGUGCUGCUGAGUUUAAAGAAUUUGUGGACCGUCUGAAGCUGAAGUUCAGCUCAGCACUGGAUGCCCCAGCGCACGAAAUUCCAGACACCGUCGAUGAGCUCUUUAACAGGUUUCGUGUUCUGGCUGUUGGAGAUGAAUCGAACCAGGAGCCUCAUUUAGAAAUCAUCAGCAGUGUGGAUGACAUCCAGGUGUCAGCGUUACAGAACCUCAUGUUAAGCACACUGGCACUUUCCGAUAUGCAAAUGAAGUCAUGCCUAUCUCUUCAGACGUUUCGAAUGUACAGACAGUAUAGUGACAACAUUCUCGGAAAGGCUUUUUUGGAAUUUAAGGAGAAGAGACUGGUAAAUCGUCGGCGUGGGAAUCACACAUUAGGACCAAAGAAGAACCGUGCUUUACCUUUUGUGCCAAUGUCCUUCCAGUUAUCACAAGGUUACUACAGGCUUUUCACUUGGCGCUUUCCUUCUACAAUUUGUACAGAAUCCUUCCAGUUCUUUGAAAAUUUGAGGUCUUAUGGAAAUGCUGAUCAAGUGGACACGUUCUCUUUUGGUGACCAGAGCAAUGAAUCUCCAACAGACAUGCUGGCAUUUCCUUUGGAUGGCCCAGGCGGCCAGUGUGUGACUGUUCUCUCUCUCUUGCUUCUGGGAUUUAUAUCUGUGAAUGUGAAAAUCCCUGACCAGAUUGUAGUGGUGGACAGCACUUUAGUUGAGAAUGAGGUCAUGAAAAGCCUUGGAAAAGAUGGCCUGGAUGAUGAAGAUUUUGAUGAUGAAGAUGAUGACGGUUUGGGAACCAAGCGGAAGAUAGAAGUGAAAGCACGUCAGGCAUCUCAUACUAAUUAUCUGCUGAUGAGAGGUUACUGCGCCCCUGGAAUAGUCAGCUCAAGGAAUCUCAACCCUAAUGACAAUGUGGUUGUCAACUCUUGUCAUGUACGGUUGAAACUAAGGGAUACUCCUUUAAUUGGAAGAAUGCUAUGCUUUGGUUCCUUUAGCGACUUCAUUGCAGGCAUGCCUUCCCUUCCUCCUCUCUUCACUGAACUUGUAAACACCAAAGAUGGUAAUGUCAACAUUUUCAUAAAUCAGUGUAUAAAGAGCCAUGGUUACACUCCAAAAGAUGUGCAAUGUGUCCAGGAAAUCUUUUCCGCUAUUAAAGCCAGUUCAUAUUUGGGCAUAAAAGUGUCGGAUCUUGGAGAAAGAUUUAGCAAAUAUGAAGAUGUAGAAAAUGGAAGGACAAAAUCAUUACAGCAAUACAUGCAGGAUCUUAAAACAUACAAACUAGUGCUACAAGUUGGAGGAGUCUUUGUUAGACUAGUAGCCACAGGUCACGCUGAUCCCUGGGUUCUGCAUUCAUACAGUGUGAAAGAACAAGACCGAGCACUUUUAGGUAAAGACACUGAUUGCUCAGAGCUGGCACAGCAAGACUCAGAAGAACAGGUGGAUAGUGAUAAAAGUGUUAAUGAACCACCAAGAAAGAAGGCACUGUUAGAGAUUGUGGACUCUGAGAACUCAAAUGAUGCAGAAAAGACGGUGGUUCCUGUAGGACCAAUAGUUUCUGACAGUGAAAGCUUUACUACGAAAAUGGAUACAGGUGAUUCUAUGGGGAUAAAUGAGAAGGAUUCAGACUGUUGCUUCCUUGGAAGACCAUGGAGGAUUGUGGAUGGCAGCCUAAAUAAACCAGUGUGCAAAGGAAUGCUGGAGGCUGUUCUUUACCAAGUAAUGACCAAGCCUGGGAUCACCGAGCACAACCUGAUACAACAUUACAAUGACGUGCUGCAGCCCGUCGUUAUACUUGAGUUAUUGCAGGUAUUGGAACACAUGGGCUGCAUUAAAAAGUGUUACAUUGAAAAUCCAAUCAAAGCGUCUCUCUUCUCAAAGUCUGGAAUCCCACAACUCUUCAAAAGCGGCAAACUAUCAGAGGAUUUAACUGUGUUUUAUGAACCUAGCAUCGACUGUACGCUGAGACUGGGUGGGAUCUUCCCUUCUGAAGUUAACUGGAAUAAAUGGGUUCUGUAAAGUUAUUGCUCCGUCAUUUGUAUUUAUUGUAUAAGUCGUUCCUUAUAUGUGAUGUUUUGUAAUUAAAGCAUUUAAUUUUUA